AUACUGAAAAGAGUGUCCAGCUUACAGUAAUUGCUUGUAAUUGCCAUGUAGUUAUCAUUAUCUAAAAUUUGGGGCUAUUCCUUGCUGCAGUUUCAUGUGUAGCAGUGUACUGUGCCUCUUUGGAUACAUUCACCCUCCUAGUCAUCUUAUUCUGUUAUUCUCAUUCACAGAGGAGGCAUCUGAAACUCAGAGAGGUUCAGUAACUUGUCCAAGGCCACACAGCUAGUCAGAGGGAUUUGCACCUGAAUCUGCUCUACCCCAGACUGAACCUUAAGAACCACUCUGUGCUACCUCUGUUGAUACAUGCCUACCAAGACCCUCCAAAGUAACAGCUCUAUCCCCUCCUCUGGCUCCAGAUUCUCACCAGCAUCAAGAACCUACCAAGGGGUCACCUGUUACUAUGUUGCCAGUCACCAGCACGCAGGAACCCGUAGCAGCGGCUACCUCGGCUCGCAGCCGGUCCUUUCUCUCCACCCAGGACCGGUCCACCACUGCAGGCCCAGCUUUGAGCUCAGGCCCAAAGGUCUCAAAAGCCUCAACCAUCCCACCCCCUGUGAAGUCCAAGGGCCCGAACUCUGGAGCCCUUGUACGUCAGAUGCGCAGGAUCAUCGCCGAGGAUGCUGAGUGGUCACUGGCCACCGUGCCCCUGCUCACAGAGCUCUGCAUUCAGCACAUUGUCAAGAACUUCAAGAACAACCCUAUCCUGAAGAAGCUGCCCCCACAGCACCAGCAGAAGGUACUGAACCACCUGCCCACUGACCUGCCACUGGCUGUAACUGCCAACCUGAUCGAUGACGAGAGCUACUGGCACCGCUGCUGUGUGCAGCGCUGGCCUGUGUGCCACUUGGACUUCCAUGGCAGCAGCUGGAAACGUGUGUUCUUCGAGCGGCACCUGGAGAAUCUGAUAAAGCACUUCAUCCCAGGCACCACGGACCCCGCCGUGAUCCUCGACCUACUGCCGCUCUGCAGAACCUAUGUGCGUAGGAUCCGUGUGGAUCAGUUCCUUCCACCGGUGCAGCUACCACCUCAGCCAUACAGUGGGGAACAGUCCGACUCCGGCAGCGAGGGAGAGAUGGAUGAGCCCACCAUGGACCACUACCAACUGGGUGACCUGGUGGCUGGCCUGAACCAGCUGGAGGAGCUGGACCUGGUGUAUGGUGUCAAGGACUGCGGCAUGAACUUCGAGUGGAACCUGUUUCUCUUCACCUACCGUGACUGCCACUCCUUGGCGGCGACCCUUAAGGCGUGCCACACCCUCAAGAUCUUUAGGCUGACCCGAAGCAAGGUGGACGAUGACAAGGCACGCAUCCUAAUUCGUAGCCUGCUGGACCACCCAGCCCUCGAGGAGCUGGACCUGUCACACAACCUCAUUGGGGACCGUGGCGCACGUGCCGCCGCCAAGCUGCUGAGCCACAGCCGCCUGCGUGUGCUCAGCCUGGCCAACAACCAGGUGCGUGCACCUGGCGCCCAGUCGCUGGCUCACGCUCUGGCACACAACACCAACCUCCUUUCCCUCAACCUGCGCCUCAACUGCAUCGAGGAUGAGGGCGGCCAGGCACUCGCCCACGCCUUGCAGACCAACAAGUGCCUCACCACACUGCACCUCGGCGGCAACGAGCUUUCGGAGCCUACAGCCACUCUCAUCUCCCAGGUGCUCUCUGUCAACACCACGCUCAUCAGCAUCAACCUGUCCUGCAACCACAUAGGACCGGACGGUGGGAAGCAGCUCCUGGAAGGCAUGUCCGACAACAAGACCCUCCUGCAGUUCGACUUGCGCCUGUCAGACGUGACCCAGGAGAGCGAGUACCUCAUUGGCCAGGCCCUCUGUACCAACCGUGAAGAGGCCCGCCAGCGCACCCUGAACCCCAGCCACUUCCUGUCACCACUCACUGCCAAGGGCCCUGAGAACCCUGCAGGAUAAGAUAGGGGACAGGGCUGGGGCAGUGAGGCCUGGGUCACUGCCCCACUGCCACCCCUCAUUUCACGCUUCCCCCACGCCUGCUGCAGAGUGCCACACGGGUUCCCCGGAAGGGAGGGAGGGGGGACCAUGAAGAUCAUCAGAGUGUAAUCAAGGAUCGUGUGCAUAAAGGUGUGAGGAAGGGAAGGGGCCUAGGAUAGGGUGAGAAGGGGUGUAAAUUGGGACCCAGUCCCCUAGCCAGGGAGAAGAUAUUACCCCUGAAAAUAAAUGAUUUCUUCCAGGUAUAGGGAGAGGCAGAGAGAACUCUGAAGGGCUGCCUGCCCAGGGUCUCCCACAGGGCCACCCGUGACCCUGAUCACCGCCAUCUUCCUCUUUACUGAACAGAUCCUUGACCUCCUUCAAACACACACACACACACACACACACACUCCCUGACCUGGUCCUGCUACAGCAGAACUUUGCCUGGCUCUUCCACCCUCACCCCUGCAGAUGCCGCUUCCCUAUUACUUGACUCUGCUUGAGUUACCCAGUUCUACAGGCCACGACAUCCCCUAAUCCUUCCCCACAACCUGGGGAGGGGGAAACAGAGGUGAUGGCUUCUCAUGGAAGGGGAAGAUGGUGGGGGAGGUGUCACGCUGGGGAGAGAAGUCAGUGAGUCAUCCAAAACUUUAUUAUCCACCAGUUUGAAUUGUACAAUCUUUGCGCUUGGAAAUCCACGACAGAAAGGCCACAGUGUGAUGCACCCAAUUGACAGAGACCUGUCUUCUCCCAGCCAGGCCCAGCCCACCCCACAAGCCCUUGUCCCCAGGACACACGGAGCCUUCCAGGCCCCCAGGGUGGCUGCCCACCCUGGAGCCACACCCACAGAAAUCACAUCAACCCACGGCCAUGAGAGGACCUGACUGAUGGAUUCAGGCCGAGUCCCAUCUCCCAUCCUCCUCAGACUGAGGGCCCCACAACCUGCAGACCAGUUUUCGAAGGGUGGGCCGCAGGCUGAAACCACAGCCUAGCGGUGCCUGCUCUCUGGGGGCUCCUCCCAACAAGCAGGCGCUGAGCAGAGCACCAAAGGGGGCUUGGGAGUGACUGCAAUGUGUGCCUGUCUGGGCAACCCCGAGUCUGUCUGUGCCUGACACCCUCUGACAGUUCCAGAGUGCAAAUGUGUAGGUGUGAGGGUGAGUGUGUGCGUACAUAGCCACAGCUGCUAGCAGAGGUUCUAAUUAGAGAAACAAGAACAUUCAGCGUAAAGUUUAAUUGUAGACUAAUUUUCUGGUUUUCCUUUUCCUUGACAAUCAAUAAAGCCACCAAGGAAAAAGACCAAAGAACUGGUUUCUAAGUCUGUGCAUGUGUGGGAGAUGAGGCUGUCUGUGUGAGAAACCUAGGCAGGAACGGUCAGUACAGGCAAAAGUAGUAAUAGGGACCCCCUUUACUUUCUCCCAGCUCAGGGUUUACCUCAGAACCAAUCUUGAGGGAGGAGCUGAGUUCCUCCCUCCUUGGAGCCAGGAGGUGGCCAGGCUGCCCCCACA